UAUGUCAAUCUCUACCCAAAACAAUACUUCGUUUAAGUUUCGAUCUAAAACAAGGUAUCCAUUUCACUUCACAAUCUCAUAAGUUUCUUUUAGGACACUCAACAGCCGACCAAAAUUAUCAAAUAAUACAAAGAACAAUUAAAAUCCAUCCUAGAUUAUCUCUAAGAUAGAGCUUCCCUCAUUCCCAUCUCUACACCCAAUUAAAAUGUACUCUACAUUCAAACAUAUUACAAAAAUUCUUAAUCAAGCAUUCUUUGUGAUCAAACCAAAGAACAUUUUUUAAAUCUGAUCGAGGAAACUAAAUUCUAUAUUUACAAAAAGUAAACUCAAAUUUAUUAUUAAGGUAUCCAUUCAUCUCUAUAAUUCAUGAAAUACUUAAAUAACAAACUAAUAAUUACAUUCAUAUCCAACUUCAAUUAUCAAAUUAAAAUCAAAUUGUUCUAUAUUCAAAAUUACAUUCUAAAGAAUAACUAACGCCUAAACUCAUUUCUGAUCUUAUCUGGCUUUCCUUACCUAAGUUUAAUCUCACCGUCAACCUAGAUUGCUACAAUAAAUAUAUUUAAUCAUUGAAAGAGGAUCAUCAAUAAUAAUAAAAUAUCUUAGAAGGAACAAAGAUAACCAUCAGAUAAAAAGAAAUCAAUUAAUUUUCACUUGAUAAACACUCCACUCCUAAAAAGUCUACUAUAAAUUUCCAAUCCAUUUUUAAUAGCGUUUCCAAGACUGAGCAACCUAAACCAUCAGAUACUUAAAUUAAAGCUUACUAUUCUCCAAUUAAAUCAUAAACACUUAACAAUUAACCUGUAGUCAGAUUAUUUUCUCAAACUUAAACUGUUAAUUCAAAUAAUCAAGCUCAAUUCACUGAUUUGAUCUCUAACAUUAAUUAUGAAGUCGAAGUUACUGGAAAAGUCAUUCAAUCAGUUAAGCAAGUUUUAGAUCUAUCACAUCUGUAUCAAGAGAAUUCUGAUGCUGUCAGUGUUUCCAUCACUCUUAAUAGAACAGAUUUAAUCAAAUGUAUUGUUAAAGCACCAGAAGAUUCUACUGUCAAUGUUUUCAUUAGUAAUCACAAUACCAAAACGCUACCAUAUGAUUAUGCCCAAUCAGCAUUUAUCUUUUAUGGAAAACAAUAAGAAGAAUAUACCCUUGAUGUUAAUAAAAAAGAUUUCUUUCCAUAAAAACGUUCAGUUUUCUUAUAAGGAAAUUCUGAUGUGAUUAUACAAUUCGAUUUGAUAAGCCAAGUAUAAACUACAAUGAAAUUCAAAGUCUAUAAUUUGAUUCAACAAGAAUAAAAUAAUCAAAUUGAUAAUUGUAAACUAGAAAUUUAUAAAAUAAAUUCAUCAAAUGAAGAACCCUUAAUUGGUAUUACUAAUGAUCAAGGUAUUUUUAUGUGUCAAGGAGCUAUGUUUAACAAAAUUAUGGUAAAAGCUUAAAAAAAAGCCUUUCUAAAUAUUUCUUAUGAGUUUGAUGUUAAUGCACAUAAAGCAGGUGAAUAUUUUCAGAUUCCUAUGAUUCCAGAUUACUAUAGUUUAAUCAACCAAUAUCAUAUUCUAAUAUAUAUACCAAAUUCUAAUAACCACUAGUUAGAUUUUAAUUUGAUUUGUUCAGGUAUUGAAUUAUUUAACUUAGAUGGUAUCAAAUUAGAUACUACAAAUAAAGUACAUCAAAAUAUGAAGUCUAAACUUGAUGUAAAAAAACUAAAUUAGAAUAGUAUGUUAUAUAAUUUUUCUAUACAUAUCUAAUGCUUGAAUCCUUUCAUAAAUAAUAAUUCAUUUCAAUUCAUUAUUGCCAAUCAACCUAAUAAAAGAAAAACUCUUAAUUAGGCUAAUGAAUUGAUUACCAAAGAGAAUAAUAAUAAUAAAUAGCUUCCAGAUUUUGUGAGUUAACGAAUAAUGAAUUAUUCAAUUGAAGAAUCUAUUAGAAUUUUUAUAACUUAUGGACAUUUGGUUAUUGAUACUUAAGUUAUAUCUACAAAUUAAUUGAGUUAAUAAGAGAAAUGCUUUGGGAUAAUUGAUUGUAUAAUUGUUUAUUAUAUUAGUGGAUAGGAGAUUCCUGAUUAAAGAAAAUGAAAUAAUAUAACAAACAAAGAAAUAAAAAAAUAUCAAAUAAGUAAACUCAUUCGAAAUGACCACUAUUUUAUCUCAAAUAACCAACCAAAAUGUUAACAUUUGA